GCGCGUGCGCGGCCGGAAUCACGAUUGAUAGAUUACUUUUAUAGUUUUAGGCCUAGGCCCUACCUGUUUUAUAUAAUUUUGCUUGAAAUAAGAUAUCUACAAGUUAACUAAAUGAACAUUGUCUACAAGUAUCUGGAAUUGAGUUUAUCUAUAGAAUAGAGGACAAGGAUAGGGAAUUUCAAGCGGAUCAAGUGUUUUGCCCCCAGAUCUUGACCUACUCUACAUCCCAGAAGAAGAGAAGGAGAGGCAGGAGAGAGGAGGAGAAGGAGGGGGAUUUUAGGAGAAACUGUAAAAGGUGAAAUCAGGAGAAAUGGAGGUUUUACAGCGCCUGAUCCUGGUAUUAUUUGCCUCAGUUGUAGGAUUAGUAAGCACUGGUUCUGCACAAGAUCCAACAAGUGGGAAGAUCUUUGUAACAGCCCCUAACGUGUUACGGAUAGGAGUCAACGAGACGGUGACAGUGUCAGUAUUCAAUACAGAACCAGAAGAAGAUGUAGAGGUUACAGUGUAUAUUCGGAGAAGUAGGAGGGAACCAAUAGAGUUUGGGUAUUCAUAUUCCACUGUAGCAGUACGCAGAGGCACCCCAGUGACCACCACUGUGCAGGUUGGUACAGGGUUUUACCGUGACCUAGCAACAGAAGGUAAUGGCUAUGCAAACCUGGUAGUUAGUGCGCCCUCGCUUGGUUUCCUUGAGGAGAAAGAGAUCUUGUUAUCCAACAAGUCAGGAUAUGUUCUACUUCACACCGACAAACCAAUCUACACACCCAACCAAGAAGUGAAGAUUCGUUUAGUGGCUGUAGACCAGGACAUGAAACCAUCAUCGGAAUUGGUUCAUAUGAUGAUUGUCAACCCUCAGGGUAUCAUCGUAGAACAGUUCAGAGAGACGAGAGCAGUCAAUGGAUUCCUUGAUAAGACUUUCACCUUUGAUACCGAACCAAUGUUUGGUAACUGGUCUGUUACAGUCCUACAUGGUCAUGAGUUUGAGAAAAACAAGACUGUGAAGUUUGAAGUGAGAGAAUAUGUUCUUCCAAGAUUCACAAUAAAAAUAAACACCCCGGAUUUCAUCAUAGAAAGCUCCAGCCAAGAAUCUUUAGACAUCAACUUUGAGGCGAAACACAUCUACAAGAAACCAGUGGAGGGUACGUAUUAUAUGGAGAUUGGAAUCCUCCAGCGAGAUGGAAGCGUGGUUUCUAAGAGCACCACUGCAGGCACGCUUUUGAAUGGAAUUGGAACCUCAGCCAUCUAUCCCCGGUAUAACUUUGGUCAUGAUUGGUUCCGUAACUAUGAGGGUUGCAGACUCAACGUCGAGGUCCGGGUCACGGAAUCUUCUACAGGUGUCACAGAGGGAGCUGUUGACAUAUCAACGAUGAUCGUACAAAGUCCUUACCGCUUCAAGACUGGUCAAACCAUCCGUUAUUUCAAACCAGCAUUGCCCUAUGAAGUACAGUUUGAGUUGGAGACAGUGCUUGGUAAGCCAGCCCAGUAUCUUCCAGUGAACGUGGAGGCAUCCGCACUGGUCCAGUCUCGACGCCUAACGCUCAACCAUAACAUGGAUCCGAAUGCUAACCAGCAGUGGACUGAUGCCAACGGUCGAGUGAAGUUCAUCUUCAAUACCACUCAUGAUACAAGCCAAAUCAAUAUAAGGGUAUCAACAGAGGAGAGGAUAGAGCGAGAGAAUGCAGUAUUUCAGUUUGAUGCGAACCCCUACCAGUCACCGGCUGAUGAUGAUUAUCUGUCUAUUAGCAUCGCUCAAACACAUCUUAGAGUUGGUGAUGCAAUAUAUGCCGUUGUCAGGACAACAGCGACUACUCCCAUUGAUAAUCUUAAUCUACUAUUCCUCUCGCAAGGCAAAGUGAUCUUAGCUAAGAGCAUUGAUCAUGUGAUCAGCAACCACGAGGAGGUGUUUUUCAGUGUUACCUCAGACAUGGUACCAAUCGUUCGUAUCAUAGCGUAUUACAUCAAUCACCUGGAUCAGGUCAUAGCAGACUCCAUCGCUCUCAAGAUCGAGAACACCUGCAAACACCAUGUUGCAAUCAACAUCCAGGAAGAGCCUAAUAAUGAAGGAGCGUAUCUACCCGAAUCACCUGUCACACUGCUGGUAGAUGCUUAUCCUACAUCAUAUGUUGGACUGCUUGGAGUUGAUAAGGCAGUCUAUGCUCUCAACAACAACCACAGACUUAGCAGACGCAAGAUGUUUGAGAUGAUGCAGACGUAUGAUGUGGGCUGUGGGCCAGGAGGUGGACCUACUACACCUCUCAUUUUCAAAGAUUCUGGCUUGUCUGUUCUGACGAAUGCUCGGUUAGCUGUACCACCUCGAGAAGGUCUUACAUGUCAACGUGCAGGUCAGUCAUCGAGAAGAAAAAGAAGUGCUGUACAGUGUCAAUCAAACACUCGUAGCAGAAUUGAGCAAUGCCUAUACCAACUGGAGCGUAGUGGUAACUGUGAUGAUAACCUGACGACCAAUAGAAUGUUCAACAGAAUCCAGCGAUGGUGUACCUGUGAAACGAUCGCUUCCAAACUAGCCUCUAAAGUACCUCCAUAUUGUCCACAGGCUACACAACAAGAUAUUGAGGAUUUCACCCGAUGCUGUGAGCUAAUGAAUAUAUGGCGUUUGGGCGGUGCUCCUGGUGUGGACGUUGUUGAUAGUAUGGCUCCAUACGAUUAUGCUGACGAUUCUCUAAGCACCUUUGAAGAAUUUGGGACAGAUGUGAGAACUGAUUUCAAAGAAACAUGGCUCUUUGAUCUCAUAAGGGUCGGUGCCCAUGGACAAGAAGCUGUAGACCUUCAAACUCCUGGUAGCAUCACAGAAUGGAGUUUACAGGCUGUAUCAGUCACCCCUACUGGAGGUCUCUGUGUUACUGAUCCACUCGAUGUGAACGUCUUCAAGAGUCUCUCUAUUCAACUCCAGCUACCUUAUUCGGUGGUCCGUUUAGAGCAGAUUGAAGUUCUCGCAACCGUCUACAACUACAACCCACAGGGUACAAAUGUGCGUGUAUCGUUCUACAACCCCAGAGGAGCCUGUGGUGAAUCCAGCGACCCAUCCCAGCCUGCUACCAGGGUGGUCCAUGUCCCAGGACAUAACUCACAAUCUCUCAAGUUUGUCAUUGUUCCUGUAGAGAUAGGUGAACUACCAAUCACGGUCACAGCGAUAUCAGACUUGGGUAGUGACGGAGUCCAGAAGACACUCAAUGUUAUUGCUCAUGGAAUCCCUCACACUGUAGAUCACUCUGUGUUGUUAGACCCAUCAGGGAUCUAUCAUCAACAGCGAAGAUCACCUCGUCUUAGGGCAGCCAUGAUAGAUGAUAUCCAGAGUGAUCAAGUGUUAGAUACAGACAACGGAGUUCAGUAUAACAUCCUUGACCUUCGACCUCCUGAUAAUAUCAUUCCUGGAACAGAGUCUGCAGUACUCACCCUGAUUGGUAACAUGCUUGGUCCCAUCCUGGUUGAUCCUGUGUCAAACUACGGUGAAUGGUUGCAGUUCCCUCGUGGGUGCGGAGAACAGACCAUGAGUAUCGUAGCUCCUACCAUCUUUGUUCACAAGUAUCUCCUGACCAUGAAGCUGAUGAAUGCCUCCCUUGAGGAGAUGGCUCUGGAUCGCAUCUCAAGAGGUUUAGCUAGUGCAUUGGCUCAUCGACGUGAUGAUGGUUCCUUCUCUAUCUGGGGUGUAAAUGAAAGUUACAAUAGCAGUACUUGGUUGACAUCAUUUGUGCUGAAGGUAUUUUCUCAUGCUUCCCAGAUAGCACCUGUUGAUAUGAAUGUGACGUGUAAGGCAGCUGAAUGGCUCAUCAUGAAUGCUCAACAUCCCAAUGGAUCAUUCUCAGAGCUCUAUAAGGUUCAUCAUAAAGAGUUGACGGGAGGUGUGAGCGGUGAAGCAUCGAUGACAGCGUAUGUUCUCAUCUCUCUGUAUGAAAGCACUUGGUGUGACCGUUUUGAUAGGAACUUUGCAGCUGCUAUUAAUGAUGCCCGAGCUUUCCUUGAGCGUCAAGUCAAGUACCUGACUAGACCCUACGCUAAGGCCAUUGUGACCUAUGCUUUGGCUCUGUCUAUGAGUCAGUAUGCAGAGGAAUCAAAUAGGAUGCUGAGAAAUGAUGCCAUUACACUUGGAGAUGGUAGUCGUCAUUGGACCCCUGAUGAAUCAGACCUGACUAAUGAAGAUCUACCUCACUGGUAUCGAUUCAGACCCUCAGCUAUCGAGGUAGAAACCACAGCGUAUGCCCUCUUAGCUCAGCUACAGCUUCGUGAUAUAUCUUACGCUGGUAGCAUUGCACUCUGGCUCAGCCAACAACAGAACUAUGAAGGUGGAUUCAUAUCAACUCAGGACACAGUGAUUGCUCUCCAAGCUUUGACCAGAUACUCAGACAUGGCUCACAGUGGAGGGGAUAUUGACCUUUCUUGUGUCGUGACCUCAACUGUAGAUGAAUCUUUCCGCUUUGAACAUCAUUUCCUACCCCAUAAUGCUCUUGUCCAACGAGAAAUAGCUGUACCAGUUGGUGGUCCUCUUCGCAGUCAGUGUGAGGGAAAAGGAACGGCUAAACUUGCGGUGAGAAUGAAAUUCAGUCGCUUACCAAGCUCCCAUGAUGUGUGUCCAUUCAACGUGACUUACAAUGCUCGGGAAGCACGGACAGGGUUAGAGGUCACCGGCAUCGGUCGAUCUCGUGUCGGCAUCAUACCGCGAUCUACGACAACAUCCGCCCAGAUGGCUCGUGCCAAGGGAGACUUUGUGGCGACCAUCAGGUUCUGUGCAAGAUACACACAGAAUACAAGAACCAACAUGGGAAUCAUUGAUGUGGGACUGUACUCAGGAUUUGUGCUGGUUUCAAAUCGUCUAGAAGAUAUGGUCCAGACUGAUCACCUUCAUCUUGUUCAGAGGUAUGAGGUCUCACAGCGAUCAGUCAUCUUUUAUCUAGAUAGGAUUCCAGCUGAUCAAGACAUCUGUAUGGAGUUCAAUGCUAGGAGAGAGAUCCAUGUUGGUAACGUUCAACCGGUAGCUAUCAGGGUAUAUGAUUACUACUCACCAGAUAAAUCCUGCACAUCAUUUUACCAUCCUUUGGAAGGGAAUACACAGUUACCUACUCUGUGUAAUAGUGCUGAUCAGUGCAUAUGUCCUAGUGAACGAUGCGCAAUGUGUAACAGAGAAAACGGAAAGAAUCUACUCACCAAAGCUUGUGAAUCGAGAGACAAUUAUGCUCUGAGAGUGCGGAUGGUUUCACAAGAGAGAAUUAGUGGAUACACAGUGUAUACUGGCAAUGUUACAAAAGUCAUCAAAACCGGUCAAGAUGAUGUGAGUGCUGGUAUGCUGAGACAGUUCUACAUCAAAGAGAGGUGUCCAUGUCCUAGAAUCAAACUCAAUAAUGAACAUACAAUCAUUGGUUCAGCAGGCCUUGGUUUUAUCUCUGAUUCAGGGGCAGAAGGCUACAAUUACCUCCUGGAUGAGAGGAGUGUUGUGGAAUGGUGGCCAACCAAACUCAGUAAAAGGAAGAAUGCAGACAUUCAAAGGAAACUGCUCAAGUUUGAACAGGACGUCACCGAUUCAAGAGAUGAGCAGAAUUGCCCGCCCAUGCCCAAUUCACAAUCGUAAACUCAUUUAGUGAAUGAUCGUAAAACAAGUUCUAUGAUUGAUUGCAUUGAACAUGAUGUGCUAUCCAUCAUGAAAAUGGAUCAUAAACUCAUUUAUCAAAGCACAUCCAGGGUUCAGUAAUACAAAGCGUAACAAUUGAUCAUUGAACAGUUACAAUUGAUUGCAUUAACCACAAUGUGGUCAAAUCAGUUGUAGAAAUCAAUUGUAAAAUCAGUCCUGGGAAUGUUGAUGAUGCAUUUGUUAUCAUUCGAGUCUGCGGAACUCUCCUAAAGUCUUCCAGGUUUGGUCGCCAAACUCUGUUAAUAAUCACAUGUAUCUCUUGGGAGUAUGUUACAAAAGAUAUGAUCGUGUGAUCAUUUAAUUACUUGCUGCCUAUCCUGAUAAAUGAGUUCUUGGUAAAAAUGUUCCUGAAAUUCAGAUUUGAGAUUGCUUAUUAUCCCAGCAAAGUGAAUUCACUCAUUGUAUUGUAUUGUAUUUAUUUUCCAUUCAUAAAAACAUGCAAAAUACAAACAAACUACAUCAGACAUGAUUACAAAAUAAAAUGAAUACAUAUAAAUGGCUGGAUUGCCCAUUCAGAGUGGUAAGUAUUACCACUCUGUUCUGCCUAGGGGUCCAGAACAUAAUAGAAAUAGAUCAAAUUGUAUAAUAAACAUCAUUAACAACAGAAAAGAACAUUGUUAAACAAAAUAUAGAGUAAUGAAAACUAGACAAUAGACAUAAAACAAAAUUUAAAGUUAUGAGUUCAUAAUUUAAUUGAAAAUGAUAUUUAUGCCUUUAUUUUUCUAAGCAUACGUGUAUUUGCAUGAUCCAAAUGAUUCCAUUUCUUGUUCGCACUCAAGAUGUUCAUUAAAUUGCAAAUUGCAGCAAUCUGAUAUAAACCUGAAACAAAGAAAAUGGUUUUAAGAAGCUGAAGACAUGGAAAGCUAUAUAUUCUACGCAUGUACAGUGACAUUUUAAUCUUGCUUGACUUAGAUUCAUUGGAUCAUUUUCAUUGUUACGAAUGCUGUGAUACGAAUUCUUUCAUGUAAACAUUGAUUAUUUAUGAAUCGGUGGGCCUUUUAUAUUUUUGUAUAAAUACCUAGCCUUACCUAUUAGAUAUUGUGUUCCUUUGCGAGGGAAACUGUUAAUGGUACUAUUAUUCCCUUGACCAUUCUUUCUUUGACCAUUCUUCCCUUGACCAUUCUUUGACGUAAUUUAUGCAACUCCCCAUUUUCUAUCCAUUGCUUUUGUUUCUUAUUUCGUGUAAAUAUUGAAUAGUGUAUUUUUAUUUUUUGUACUAUUAAUGGCUGAAAUGAAAUCUUUUUAAUCACCUUUUUUCAUCAUUCCUAUUCAGAGAGCAUAAUAUUUUUGUUAUGAAACAAAAGUUUAUACUUACUGUCUAUGAAAAGAUUCUAAAUCUAUUGCACAAUUUUUUACACAUUUUAAAAGAAAAUACACUUGUAUUAUUGGAUUCAUUGUUUGUAUUGUGAAAUUGAUAUUGAAGUAUAAGUGUACCUGAUAAUUCAUAGGAAAAUUUAUUACAAAAUAAGAAUAACUGGUCAUAUAAAGACAACUUAUACUCACUCUGUGCUAAAAGCUUACAUGCAAACUUUUUUUUUUUCCUGGAAUGUAAAAUUGUUGCUUAAUCAUGACAUUCAAUUCAUUUCCCUUUGUUUGAAAAAUAAAUAGUAAAGUGAAUAAUGGUUCAAGAAGAUUACUAGAAAAAGAUAAUAGCAAAAUUAUUGACCUUUUGUUUUCUUUGUCAAAGUUUGUCAUGUGACAAAUCAUGUGACAGGACAUUUGACAGGUCAUGUGAUGCACCAUGUGACAAGUCAUGUGACAAAGUGUGUAUCAAUACCAGACUGAUAAACAGAAACCAUUAACUGAUGACAAUCAAUAUAUUUAUCAACUAUAAUAAAAUCUCUGCCAAGUGAUGUUUAUAUUUAAAGUUAAAUUAAGAAGUUUUGAAUUUUUAUAAAUCAUGAUCAAUUUCAGAGUGCUAUUUUAAUGUAUAUUUUUACAUAACUUAUCAUUUCUGUGUACGCCAUGGUAUUUUGGGGAUGUAUUUAAACAUUUAUUGUACUUUUAAGUACUGAUUGGUAGUAUACAUGCAUCUUUUAGAAAGGUAAUUGCUGUCACUAUUGCCUUGAUAAUCAAUUGAAAUUUCAAAAUAAUUAACAAGUAUUUUAUUGGAUAAUGUAUUUGUUUUGUAAAACUAUUCCAAUUAAAUGAUUGUGAUUUUAAAAUGUACCCCAUUGAGAAGUCAGUAUUUAUGAAAAGUAAAGUGAGAAACUGAUGUCAACAUUUGUGCAUUCAUUCACAGUUCUGAAAGAAUACUUUGUGAAUCUCUUACUGGGGGGUGUUUCAAGACGACAAACUAAAAACAUUUAUUUAUGAGACAACUUUUUCAGCAAUUCUUCUGUAUAAGAUAUGAAAUGUUUGUUGGGUUUAUAUGAAUAUGCUAUUGAAUGGAGAUUGACCCAAAUAAAAAUAAUAAUUGCCAAAAAUGUGAAUGAUUAUUAAAGAAGUGAAUUAAAUCAUUGAUAUUUGAA